AUGAGGUUAUUCUCCAGUUUGUGGUUUAGACCUUGCAUUUCAUAUCCAACAUUCUUGAAUUAUGAGCAGCAUGCAGAGACUAGAUGUCUCCGUGGCUUUUGUCCUAAUCUAAAGGUUCGCCAUCAUCGCAGCAGGAAAUCAACAAAAUUGGUUCAAGAAGUUGCUGACCUCUGUGGGAAAAAGGAUUUUGGCGAUAUUGCAUACGAUGUCGAACCAGAGGAGGUGUGCAGCAUACCUGCUAAGGAUUACCAGGCCUUUGAUUCAAGGACUUUAGUUGCAGAGAAGAUCAUGAAUGAACUGAGACAAUCUGAUACCGACAUAAUUGGGGUGUACGGUAUUGGGGGCGUGGGGAAGACAACACUUGCUAAAGAAGUUUAUCGGCAAGCUACAAAAGAUAAAACGUUAUUUGAUGAUGUUGUUAUAGUACUAGAUGUAAAAAAGAUUCCAGAUUUGGAAGAAAUUCAAAAAAGAAUUGCGGAAAAGUUGGGAAUGGAAUUUCUCGGAGAUGAGACUAUAGACAGAAGAGCUUAUCGUCUUUGUCAUAUGAUAAAAGACAAGAAAGUUCUGGUAAUUUUGGAUGGCAUACAAGAAAAAGUUGAUUUGGAGAUUUUGGGACUUCCACGGGUGCCCAAUUGUAAACUAUUGUUGACAUCUAGAAACAGAGAAGUAUUAUCGGUUGAGAUGGGUACACAAAAGGAGUUUCAACUUAACCUUUUAAAUGCAGAAGAAAACUGGAGUUUAUUUGAGAAGAUAGCAGGUGAAGUUGUUCAAAAUUCUGCCAUACGAGAAGUAGCAAUACAAGCCACACAAAAGUGCGGAGGCUUGCCAGUUUUAGUGGUAACAGUUGCAAGCGCCCUGAAGAAUAGAAGUACAGUACAAGCUUGGAAAGAUGCCUUGCGACGCUUAAAGAAAUUUGAGAAACUAGGAUUCACGGAAAAAGCAUACUUGGCUCUGGAGUGGAGUUACGAGCAAUUGGAUGAUGAGGAGCUUAAGCCAUUGUUCUUGCUUUCUGGAAUUAUGAGGGGUUACUCUAUAUGUCUUCUUGACUUGUUGAAAUAUAGUAUGGGCUUGGGUUUGAUUAAAAACGUGGAUACAGUGGAAGAAGCACAGGAUGCAUUGCAUUCACUGGUUGAAAAACUUAAAGAUUGUUGUCUGUUGCUAGAGGACAGUGAUGAUAAUAAACUUGUCAGAAUGCAUGACAUUGUUCAUGAAGUUGUAAACCGGAUAGCCUUGAGAGAUCAAUACGUUUUCAAAGUUGCUAUUGGAGAUGAGUUCAAAGAAUGGCCAGCUAAGGAUUUUUGUACAAAGUGCACUAUGAUCAUUCUCAAAAGAUGCAGUAUUCCCCAUCUUCCUGAAGGUUUGGAAUGUCCAGAACUGAAAAUGUUUACCUUUUCUAGUAGGGAUGCUGAUCACUACUUGGAAAUUCCCAGCAACUUUUUCGAAGGGAUGAAGAAACUCAAAGUGUUGGACUUCACUAGGUUGAGUAUCCCAUCUCUACCUUCAUCACUUGAAUUCCUAGAAAGUCUUCGGACGUUGUGUUUGGAUCAAUGCACAUUGGGAGAUGUAACUCUUAUUGGACAGCUACAAAACUUGGAAAUUCUCAGCUUUCAAGAAUCCAAAUUCAAAGAGUUGCCCAAAGAAAUAGGGCAAUUGACUCGUCUGCGAUUGUUGGAUUUGAAUGGUUGCUCUCAACUCGAAGUGAUUUCACCUAAUGUUAUAUCAAACUUGAAAAGGUUAGAAAACUUGAGAAUGGGUAACAGCUUUAACCGAUGGGAGGGUGAAGGAGUCAUCAGUAGUGAAAGAAGAAAUGCAAACCUUGGAGAGCUAAAGCGCUUGCCUCAGCUAACUGCUUUACAAAUACAUAUCCCAAAUGCUAACAUCAUUCCAACAGAUUUGUUCACCACUAGUAAGUUAGAGAGAUUCCAAAUAUGUAUUGGUUCUGCUUGGAAAUGGGAUAAUGUGGAUGAAGCCCUCAAUGCACUAAAGCUCCAGCUCACUGCUAGCAAUGAAUUCAUUGAAUUGGACCAAGGCCUAAGAAUGUUGCUGAAAAGAGCUCAAGACUUGUACUUGGAGGGGACGGAGGGUGUUAAUAAUAGUAUUGUCUAUCAAAUAGGUGAUGAAGGUCUUCAGAAAUUGAAGCAUCUCCAUCUCCAAACGAAUGCCGAGUUUAUGUAUAUCAUAAAUGGGAAGGUUAGGUAUCCCAACUUAACAUGGUUGGUGGUGAAUGAACUCAAUGGUUUAAGAUUCUUGUUAUCAUCUUUAAUGGCUAGAAGCCUUACACAACUCAGACGUCUUCAGGUAUCAGGAUGUCAAAUAAUGAAAGAUAUAGUAUCAAUAGAAGAAUCUAGUGAAGAAAUUGUAGACAACUUCUUUUGCCAGCUACAAAUUUUGGAGCUAAAAGACCUUCCAAAUCUCACUAAUUUCUACUCAAGAAACUAUAGUGAACUUUCAAAUCCAUCAUCUGGGAUACAACACUUUAUUUUUGACAAUAAGGUAGAGUUUCCAAACUUGAAGAAGUUAUGCAUUGAUGGCCUAGCAAAGUUGACGACGAUAUGGAACAAUCAACUUUCUCUAGAGAGUUCAAAAAAUCUAGAGACAAUUGAAAUUGUUUCGUGUGACAGUUUGAAAAGUAUUUUCCCAGUUUCAAUAGCUAGAAAUCUCAAGCAAUUAAAAAGGCUGAUAGUGAAGAGUUGUGGAGUGCAAGAUAUUGUUGCAAGAGAGGAGGGACUUCAAACAACACCUAGGUUUGUGUUUCCAAAAGUAACACAAGUGAUUUUUAGAAAUUUGUCCAACCUCAUGAAUUUCUAUCCGGAGAUGCAUGUGUCAAGCUGGCCGUCACUCAAUGAGUUGUGGGUGGUACAAUGUGCUAAAGUCAACAUGUUUCUCAAGGAAAUCUCAAGCUUUCAAGGACAUAGUGAGCCAGAACGUCUCAAUGUUCUUAUCCCACAGUCUCUCUUUUCAAUUGAGAAGGAUUCAUUUCCCAAUUUGGAAUGGUUGGCCGUGAAUGCAAUGGAGUUUUCAAAUGGUCCACUCCCAGCAGCUGCACAAUUGUUUAGCAAACUAAAGCAACUUGAAGUUUGGUGUCCAGAGUCCAAGUCAGUUGUUUUCCUUGACAAAUUACUCGUCCCAGAAGGCAACAUCAGUAGUAGUGCAGUUGGGACCCAGCAGCAGCAGCAACUCCCACAUUUAAGAAAGUUGAGGCUUGUUCGAAUGUACAAGCUGAUGCAUUUAGGCCAAGAUGAUGAGGAGGACAACUCACAAUCAGCCCCCCGCAUCCCGAAUUUUCCAAACCUGGAAAUUCUAUUCGUGAAUGCUUGUCACAGCUUAAGGAAUCUCAGAUCAUCCGCAAUAUCCUUCAACAAUCUAACAGCUUUGCAAGUAAUUAAUUGCAAGGGAUUGGAAUACUUGAUAACUCACUCCAUGGCCAAAAGUUCAAUGCAACUCAUAACACUGGAAGUCGUGAUGUGCCAAAGACUGGUGGAAAUAGUGGGAGGCAAUGAAGGUGACGAUUCAAGUCAUGAGAUUACAUUCAGGCGGCUGAAACAUUUAAAACUAUCUGGUCUACCAAGACUGCAAGGCUUUUGCUCGGGAAAUUGCAUUGCUAAAUUCCCGUCCUUGGAAACUUCAACCAUGAGCAACCGCCUCAAAUUGAAGAUUAAUUUCACAGCUCAUGACCAAACGCUACAGCUAACAAACGAAGAGGCAGACACAGAUGUCUAUGGUGUGGAGGAGCUGAUUGCUGAGGAUGAAAUGAAUUCGGCAAUACAUGCAGAAAUACAUGCAAUUGGGGAUGGGAUCCUCCCACAUUUAAGAGGGUUGAAACUUUACGGGAUGCGGAAGCUGAUGAAUCUUGGGGAGGAUAGCUUCGGACCGGCAUGCCCAUAUCUUCCAAAUCUGGAAAUUCUGAAGAUAGAUGACUGUGACAGCUUAAAGAACUUAAGAUCAUCCGCAAUAUCCAUCAAGAAUCUAGUAACUUUGCAAGUAAGUCGUUUUAAGGGAUUGAAAUACUUGAUAUCUUUCUCCAUCGCCAAAAGUUUGAUGCAACUCACAAACCUAGAAGUUCAGGAUUGUGAGGAAAUGAUAGAAAUAGUGGGGAGCAAUGGACACGACCAUUCUAGAAAUGAGAUUGAAUUCAGGGUGUUGAAACAUUUGGAACUUUCUGCUCUACCAAGUCUGAGAGGCUUCUGCUCAGCAACUCGCAUUGUCAAAUUCCCAUCCUUGGAAAAUUUAUCGAUGAGAAGUUGUAAUCAAUUAGAGGCAUUCAUCUUUGACCCUACGGAUACAAGUAAUACAAUUGGCAAGGAUAUCAAAGACACCUACUCAAAUGAAAACAUUGAGUCUGGAGUAGUGCAACAAUUCCUUUUUGACAACAAGGUUGAAUUUCCGAGGUUGAAGAGUUUGUCUAUGGAGGGUCUAACAAAGUUGACCGCAAUAUGGCACAGUCAACUUUCUCUAAACUCCUUUAGUAGACUCAAAGACCUUCAAGUACAUGGAUGUGGAAAUCUAAUAAAUAUCUUUGUGCCCAGUACUAUGGGAAGAUUGAAUGCUCUUGAGACCUUAUUGAUAAAGGAGUGUAAGUCUGUACAAGUUGUAUUUGAACUCGGAGGAAUUGGUGUUAGAGGAAUACAUGACACGUCAGCAGAAACCCAGCCGAGAUCUUUUGACUUUGAAAAUCUAGAUUCGGUAGAAAUUGAUUCUUGUGAGAGUUUGAAAAACAUUUUCCCAGUUUCGGUGGCUAGAAAUCUCCACCAGUUAAAAAGGUUGAUAGUGAAGAGUUGUGGAGUUCAGGAAAUUGUCACAAAGGAAAUUGAAUCUCCGAGGUUGAAGACAGCCUAUACUAAAAGGAAAUUGACAGAAGAACACAGUGAAGAAAACAAGGAUGACAUGUUUCCUGAUUUAAAAGAAUUGGAGCUAAAGGAUCUUCCUCAUCUUGUUAUAUUCUGCUCAGGAAAUUAUUUUGAAUUUGCAUCUAUGGAGAGAUUGCAAUUAGAAAAGUGUGCUAAAUUGGAGACAUUCAUCUGUAAUCCCUCGAGUAACAGUAUUGCAAGCCAGAAAGAAAUGGAAAGAGUGGACAAGAAUGAGAACCUUGAGACAGUAGUACCAUACUUUCUUUUUGACAAAAAGGUAGGGCUUCCAAGGUUGGAGAGAUUGAUUAUCAAUGAACUACCAAAGCUCACAACAAUUUGGCACACCCAACUUGCUCCAAACUCUUUCCACAGACUGGAAGACGUUACAGUGCAACAAUGCAAUGGUCUUAAAUAUAUUUUUCAAGUCUCCAUCAUAGCCGCCGGUGUUUUUCAGCAGCUACAAAAGUUGAUAGUAAAGGAAUGUGUAGUGGAGGAAAUAGUUUCUCAGGAAGAGGGCGUAGAAAAAUUAAUGCCUGAUCAGUUCUUCCCAAAGCUAACAUGUUUGGAAUUUACAAGUCUAUUCCAACUUGAGAGAUUCUAUCUAAAGAUGCCUGCUAUAAACUGGCCACUAAAAACAUUAGUGUUGUCUGAUUGUCAGAAAGUGGAUAUCUUUGCCGUGGAUGACUUGGGGAAUCUGCGUACUCGGGUUAAACAAUAUCCUGUUCUAUGUGAGAAGAGUUCAUUUUCCAAACUGGAAGUUUUGACCUUCAGCCCCGUGAACAUCUGGUACGGUCGACCUGCCCAUGAGAAAGCUCUUUUUCCUGCGACCAGUACAGAUGGGUCCCUUCCACAUUUGAGAACGUUGAGGCUACAUGGAAUGGAGAAGUUUAUGCGUCUCUGGGAGAACACCGAACCUGCAGCUGGCUCAGCUUUUCCAAAGAUGGAGACUCUUGAGGUGAAGAAUUCUGGAUUGACUAAUCUAGAGUUGUCUGCAAUAUCCUUCCGGAAUCUAACAAUUUUAGAAGUAACCUUUUGCUGGCGAUUGCAAUAUUUGACCACUUAUUCGGUAGCUCGAAGUCUCGUGCAACUCAAAACUCUGAAAGUUGACGAAUGUAAAAAUAUGAAAGAGAUCUUCACAAGCGAAGGAAUGGGAGAAGAUGCAAGUGAAUGUGAGAUUGAGUUCAGCCAGUUGCAAAGUUUGGAACUCGGUGAUUUAGUAAGUUUGGAACGGUUUUGCUCGAGCAAUUGCAGAGUGAAGGUCCCAAUCUUGGGAACUUUAGAGGUGAAUUGGUGCCCGUUCAAAUUGAAGAUUUCCUCUGAUAAGGUACUAGAAGUUGAUGAUGUCCAAACUGAAUCAUGGUCGCAAAGCAUGUCUAUGCUGGAACAGGACAACAGACGUUUGCGGGAAGAAUUAAGGGCCAAAGAAGGUAACAGCCUCCCGGAGACUCCGGUUGUUCUCGCUCUGCCUGACACUGGUCCUUCUAGCUCGUUGACUGCCAAGAGAACUGCUGAUCUUCCUGUGGAGGUGAUAGCCCAGCUUAAUGCUCUGCUUGGAAUUGAUCUGGCAACUCCUGCCGUGGACAAGAAGAGCUCUUCUAACCACAUAGUGACUGAGCUAACUGCCCAACUUGAGGCAAGAAGGUCUGAGCUUAUUGCCGGCAGCUCUCAAGUUGAGGCGGAAUGUCAAGAAGUCAUGGGCCGGGAGGCGGAACUUGUUAACAUAAGACAACUAAUCAAACUGCUUGAAGCUCGGGCCGCUACUCUUGCAGCAGCAGCCCCUCAAGUUGAAGAUUCUCACUGCUCAUGACCAGACACAGAUGUCGAUCGUGAGGAUUCUACUGCUCCACCUGGCCGUAAUUGCUCGUCUUUUCUGGUUUGACUUAAGUGGAAGAUUCUUCACCAAAGUGUACAUUCGUGUGUUGUAAACUAAUGGCUUGUGUUAUGCAUACCAAGUGUUUGGUAAAAUGCUUGUGUGAUUGUUUCUGUGGUGAUUUUGCUGCAUUUCAAUUCUAUGCUUGUAUUUAUAUAUGUGUGCAAGUCUUGCUUUCUCUCUGCUUAGCAAUAAAGGAAACUGAGUGAUCAGAAAAAAACUGAGUGAUUCUU